AUGGCUCUUCCUCAGCAAAAUCGCAUGCUCUGGUAUGAGCAACCGGCAAAAGUAUGGACAGAGGCACUUCCGAUUGGCACUGGACGCUUGGGAGCGAUGAUCAAUGGUGGCUUGGACGUUGACAGAUUGUGGAUGAACGAAGAUUCCGUAUGGUACGGCGGGCCUCAGAAUCGGGUCAACCCAUUGGCAAAAGCCAGUCUGCCUGAGGUCCGCAGACUUCUGGAUCUCAACCAGGUACAGGAAGCCCAGGAACUACUCAAGAGAACUUUCACGGCACUGCCAUCGAGUCUUCGACACUACUCACCCCUUGGUGAUGUUUUUUUAACCUUUGGACACGGCACUCCUAGCGACGACAAGAAGGAUUUUAGUGGAAUCCCGGACCAGACUAAGCGAGCUGUCAGGCCUGUGGCUGAGAACUAUACCCGCCGCCUGGACCUGACGACCGCCAUUGCAAGUGUAGCAUACACAUUUGAAGGAGUUGAGUAUCUGCGUGAGUAUUUUGCAAGUACGGCAGAUGAAGUGGUCGCUGUGCGCGUUUCCUGCAGUCGCCCAGACUCUCUCCGGUUCCAAGUAAGGGUGAAUCGUGGCAGCAACGACAACCCCAUGCUAGAGCGGAAUUGUCUAUACGACAGCCUUGAGAACAUUCCAGAAGGCUUGUUGCUGAAAGCCAAUUUGGGAGGCCCUACUGCUGUGUGGGCAGCAAUGGGGGCUAAAGUUGUGGUUGAAGGGGGAAAAGGUCAAUGUCUUCUUGGUGAGGAACUCGAUGCCACAGGAGACUCGAUUAUUAUUCUCAUCGCUGGCGAAACCACGUUCAGAAACAAAGACGCUGGCCAGGCUGUUAUCGAUCGACUUGAAGCAGCGGCAAAGUAUUCGUGGCAGGAAUUGCGGGACAGGCACGUCCAGCGAUACUCCUCCUUCUUCUCAAGGGUCUCUCUCAGUAUUGGAGAGGACAACCCCGAAUUGAGCACAAUCCCCACGGACAAGAGACUUUCCCGGGUCAAGGCUGGUGAAGUUGACAACGAUUUAGCGGCACUGCUGUUCUCUUUCGGCCGAUAUCUACUCAUUGCCUCUUCGCUGUCGGGCCUCCCAGCAAAUCUCCAGGGAAUAUGGAAUUACAGCCAUCAGCCGAUUUGGGGAUCCAAAUACACGAUAAACAUCAACAUCCAAAUGAACUACUGGUUGGCCGAGGUCGCCAAUCUAUCAGAGUGUCAUUUGGUGCUCUUCGACCACAUCCAGCGCAUGGCUGAGCGAGGCCAACAAGUUGCGCAGGACAUGUAUGGUUGUAGAGGGUUUGUUGCACAUCACAACACGGACAUAUGGGGCGACUGCGCCCCUCAGGACCGUUACGUUCCCGCCACGUACUGGGUGCUCGGAGGGGCCUGGUUUUGUACCCAUCUCUGGGAACACUACCUGUACACUUAUGACCUGGAGUUUUUGAAGUGGGCCUAUCCACUGCUUCAAGAGGCGGCCUUGUUCUUUGAAGAUUUUCUCAUCGAAAGAAACGGCGUCCUCGUGGUAUCACCCACGGUCUCGGCUGAAAACUCCUAUAUCAUUCCGGGCACCCGGGAAAUUGGUGCGGUCUGUGUGGGCGCCACAUGGGACGCUCAGAUCCUCUUCGAGCUUUUCACCGGCUGCGCUGAGGCGAGCAAGAUCCUCGGGCAACCAGCCGAACGAUACCUUACAGUCCUGUCUCGGCUCCCUCAACCCAAGAUUGGGAAGCAUGGAGAACUUCUCGAAUGGAUGGAAGACGUGGAAGAGGUGGAACCUGGCCAUCGGCACAUCUCGCACGCCUUCGGUCUUUAUCCGGGCCGGAGCCUCCUGUCAGACGAGCACAAAUCCGCCGUCAGAGUCACUCUGAAGCGACGUCUAGCAGGCGGCGGCGGACAUACUGGUUGGAGUGCCGCAUGGAUUCUGGCGUUAUAUGCUCGUCUUAGGGAGCCUCAACCAGCACAAUCGAUCAUCCAAAAGUUCCUGCAACAUUCCACUCUCCCCAACCUCUUUGGCGAUCACCCGCCCUUCCAGAUCGAUGGCAAUUUCGGCAUGGCCGCAGGAAUUGCCGAGAUGUUGAUCCAGAGCCAUGAAGAAGGUUAUGUGGACCUCCUCCCGUGCUUACCGCACGAGUGGGAGGACGUUGGGCACGCCAUGGGACUGUGUGCCAGGGGCGGCAUCGUGGUGGACAUGGCGUGGGAGAAGGGAAAGUUGACUUCUGCCCGCUUCACUGGGAAGCGCAAGGUACAGUUCGUCGCCCGUAUCGACCCAAAGAGGCUCGAGAAUGGAUCGGGUCAAAUAGUUAUUCAGCUGGAUGCAGGCGAGAGCAAGACUCUCAAUGGAUCCUGGCUAAAUUAG